UAAUAAUAAUAAUAAUAAUAAUAGCCAAAGACGCGGACUGAAUACUCAGAGGCCGCCUGUAACUCCGCACUAAAGUUAAGCCAAUGGCCUACUUGGGCCGCGCAGGAUUAGACUUCAACAUCCCACCUCCUGCGCUCGUGUCUGUUUAAAUGUUGCAAAUUGCUGCCUGACGAAAGGUUCUGCUGAACUUGGAAGCUGUGUCAGCGUAGUUAUCCUAACAAUGUAUAUUACGCACAUUUAUUUACAAGUUCAAAAGAAGAAAAGCCGUCUGUGUGUGUGGUGCCAGAAGACGACCCGCCCCGUGCCGUUUCACUCAAAUGUAAGGGAGUGGGCUGGCGCCUUGAGGGUGCUUGAGCGCUUCGCUUACAAAGGCCAGAGCCAAUAAACACCCUUUUUACAAGCGUGCCGGUCUUGCAGGUGUACUGCUACCUGACUACAGGUAAGGAAGCGUUUGGCCGUUUUGAAUGGCCCAGCAUUUCCUGCACCGACCUUAGCCCCGCCCAUUACCUGUGGGUGAGAAAAGGAGUUGCCGGGAGGCUGCCUUGCCCGAACUUUCCACAGAGGAAAAAGUUUGCAUCAUGGCAGAGGCAACAGAACCCAUUCACUUUCUUGAUGUCUGCAGUCAAAAAUUCUCCGAAUUUGUGUUCACCGCUGAACAUAAAUGCUUAAUGUGGUUGCGGGAAAUCGAGGAGGAAGCCAUGAAGAUGUUUGAUAGCAAUCUCAGUGCUGAGCCUGCGCUGAUGCCCAAAACACCAUCACAGAAGAAGCAUCGGAAGAAGAAGCGCUCUUCAUCUUUUAAAGAUGAUAGUAAAGAACUGACUAGAAAAAGACUGUCCAAAAGACGAAGUGGCAUAAAACCAGUAUCCUCUAUUGAGCUUUUCCUGAGCAAAGAGAAUCUGGAGGUAACAGUACCUUGUAAAACAAGCUUUUUCACAAAAGAAAAUUUAGAAGCACACUGUAACAAGACAGUAAUGCAUCCAGCUGAAGACACAGCCCUUGCUGUUGACUUCAACAGAAAUAUUCAAGGAAAAGGAAAAAUGGAUGAAGAAACAAGCAGCAUCCCCGCAAUCUUCACCAUUUGCCCAGAUGGACGUUUUGCUGAUAGGGUUGGAGCUACUGAAGUUCCAGGCAUAUCAGAUGGCUUUGCAGUCAUGCUGCCAAAUCCCCUUGUUCCAGCAAAGACUGAAAAAGACUGGGAUGCAUGCAGGUUGAGUACAUCUACUCCGAUACAGUCUUUAAAUGUGAAGCCUGCAGGGGGAAGAAAAGUGUUAUUGGCCCAACAAGUAAGUAAUAAUCUUGUUCAAGGAGAAACUAUAUAUCAACCCUUAAAAGACAGCAGUGGAACCUCUGGAGGCUCCCGAUCAGGUCAUCGCCCUUCAAAUAGACUCCACAAGAGCAGGAGAGUGUCCCUUGCAGAGAAAUACUCACUAACCAGCAAAAGGAAAAGCAUGAUUCGGAAAUCCAUCAGCAAGUCAAUUGCCAAAAAGAAAACAGCUCAGAACUCUUCAUCUACAUCUAGUCAAGUAAGCUGCCAUAGUUCCAUUGAAUUGCUUAUGGAUGAUGAAACAAGUAAAAAUGGGCCUUCCUUGCUACGGAAUGCUCAGUCUGAUGAGGAACUGAAGAUGCUACAAAAAACACCCCAUGCUCUAGAUGUAUUUAGUGUGAUUUCUAUCCAUGCUGCCAAAGUUCCAGAUCAACCCGAGAUGGAGAAGGAGAAAGUAUGCAAUGAAGAAAGUCUUGCCAUUAAGAUGACUGGCCUCCAGGUCAGUGGAUCUGAAGAUUCAGCCCAAAGCAGCCAACACCAUCAACAGAGUAUUAGGAGUCAAAGUUACAAACAAGCAGUGGAUGGGUUGCCUUCUGCCCAGCCGACAAAAGAUGAAGACCUUUCAUCUUCUAUUAAAAAAAAUUCAUCUCCUCUUGCAAACAAAACACUGUUCCCUUCUGGUCCAGACAGGAUCACACGACCUUUCAAAAACUUAUUUCAGACAAUGCAAAAAAGCCAGCUGUUCAAAUCCACUGUGUCUCCAGGGGCCAGCAGCAUCAUGAAAAGUCUUGUCAAACCUACCACACCUGCCAUUAAACUUGAUACCAGGGGAGAAUUUGUGGAAAAGCAACGACAACGACUGGAAAGUCUGCGGAGAAAACAAGAAGCUGAGCAACAGAGAAAACAGAAAGUGGAAGAGGAAAAAAGACGAAGGUUGGAAGAGAUAAAACUGAAGCGUGAAGAACGGUUAAGAAAGGCACUCCAAGCUCGAGAACGAGUGGAGCAGAUGGAAGAGGAAAAAAGGAAACGAAUGGAACAGAAAUUUUCUCAACAUGAGGAACGGAGCGAGAAGACACGAGAAGAGAAGACAACAGAGGAAAAGACAAAGAGAAAAGUGUCCAUGAGGAAAAUAUGGGAUAUAGAAACCCCCAAACAGAAACCAUUGCAAAUGUGUCAGGAAGAGGAACAAAAGCUUCAAGAACAGCCAGAAAAAUGGAAGACGGUUGGGGAAAUUAAGAAAAUGCUAGAACAUAAUAAUGUGAAACAAGCAAAUGAAAGGCACCAUGGACAGCAAGAUAAAGAGAAAUGGUUAAAACAGCUGGAACUGGCAGUACUUUCAGAAGAAGAAGAAAACCAGAAGCAGGGAGAAAAGAGUCCUACCAGUCAAAUUUCUCAGGAAAAGAAAGCCAAGAAUGUUGAAGUGGUCCCCGCUGCCAGUAUGAGUGCUGCUCAGAAAUCUAUCAGUAAUUCCAACCAUGUAAACCCCAAGCCCCUCAAUCCUAAUGACUAUGGAAUGGAUUUGAAUAGUGAUGACUCCACGGAUGAUGAAAGCCAGCCCCGCAAACCGAUUCCUCCUUGGGCCACUGGUCUUCAGCUUAAUGAAGCUGUCACAUAUCAAUACUACAAUCCUCCAGACACUGAUACAUUUUUUGGACAAAUCUUGAGCCCUAAACUAGAAGACAUCUUCUACAAGAGCAAACCAAGAUACUUCAAGCGCACCAGUUCUGCUGUCUGGCAGUCACCACCUUUACCAGGAACCAAAACAGCACUGCGUGCAUAUCCAAUAGCAUGAAAAAAAUACUGAGGCUGGGAAGGACCUGGUAGUACUGUCAGAUGAGUUUUCUCAGUAAGACAUCUGUAAAUAUUUUAAUAUUUUAUAUUUUUCCUAUAGUGUGCAAUAAAGAUUUAAAUUCUGAAAGAGUUAGUUUUUAAUAAAGAAUGUGGUUGUGUGUGUGUAUUGAAUUUUCUAAAAGCUGAAAUACUUUUUGUGGCUAGAAAAGAUAUUUUAUCUGCACUAUUUCUUCAUAUAUAUAUCAUCCUUUAUUAUCUGGUGCAAACAGAUGUGCCUUGAUUGGGAUCUUUUUGCUACAUGUGGAAGUUCUGAUCCUUCUGCCAAGACAAAGAAAGCAAUGGGGGAAAUGUACAUUGUCAUUCAAUGGCCUAGCCAAGCACAUAAGAGAUGAAUAUUAAUUGAGCUGUGAAACGUUUGUCAAAUUCUAGAUUCCUUUUCAUAAUGUGAUAUUCAUUUCAGUUGAAGCCUUUCCUGUAGACAGGAAAACUUCAUGUUGUGGAAAUGUUUGAAAAUUUUGUUAGUGUUUGGGGAAUAUUCUAUGCCACAUUUCAGAUUUUUAAUAGAAAUCUGUUAUAAAGUGAGUAAUAAGCAGCCCAAUCCAGUGGCACCAUCCUCUCCCGCCCGGCAGCUCUGGAUUGGGCUGUAUCUUUCUUCCUAUGCCAGACUUACUGAGCAUGAGGAAAGUUGGAGCUUUGAGAAAUUUUCUGACCUUCUUAUUCUGUUUGCCUUGAUAAUGCUUAGACUCACUGAUAAAUUGGAUUAGGAUGCAAAU